AUGGCUGCUAGAUCCCCGACAGCAGCUACUCCGCUGCCGAAGUCCUCCGUUGCGCCCGAAAGUCCCUCCAAAGACGCGACCGAAUCUCCUCAAACCGUGCCUUUCCCAUCACCCCAGACUUUUGAAAUCAUCCCACCUCUCCACGGUAUUCUUCUUCGCUUGUUAUCUCAGAAGGGUCCAAGUGGACGUGGUGCCCCUGGAGAAGCUCCAGGCGGCCCAGGUCAACAAACACCCAGUAAUAAUGGUUCAACAUCACAAGCUGUCCCCGAAGUCCCUACCCUCGAUCCAAAUGCCCACCCACCACUUGAUGUGAAAGAUCUUCCCAUCCAGACCAGCUCUGUGAAGAUUCGAAUUCAAAAGGCAAGGGCGGUAGUGGAGGGACUACCAGAUGUCCACCGAUCUGUGGAAGAGCAGCAGAACGAGAUUGCAGAGCUUGAGGACCGUGUGGCUCGUCUUCAAUCUGUCAUUGCAGACUUUGGAAGCCGUGCAGCCAAGACACAGGAAUAA